AUGGUCAUAUGUUAUUCGUGUCCAACUUUUUGUAUUCUUCUAAUCAUUGAACUUGUACCAUGUGGAAUAGUUGGAAUGAAGAAUGUCGAGAAUCGAGUGUUAUUCUCCUUACUGGAUAGUAGACAGACUAAUGAUACCGACGGGAAAGAAGAACAUUUCGAGAUUGCAGAAGCAAAACUCACAGUCCCCAACGAGGAGACUUCAUUAGGAACGAUAUCAAAACUAUCAUCAUUAUCAUCUGAACAAGAACAUGUCCCCGCAGUUGUUCCAAUGCUUAACUUUGACCCAAAUCGAUUGGAAAAAGCCCUUCGAACAAAGGGCUCAAUUGAUGGAACCGAGGAGGCUUUGUAUCGGUCACUCUUGGAUCAUACGAUAUACGAAAAAGAUGUGAGACCAUGUAUACAUCAUUCGCAACCAACAAAUGUCACAUUCGGCUUCCUGUUGAAUCAAAUUGUAGAAAUGGAUGAGCGAAACCAGGCGUUGACUACAAGGAGUUGGCUAAACAUAAACUGGAUGGAUCCGAGAUUAUCCUGGAAUGAAACGUUGUGGUCUGAUAUAAAAGCGAUAUAUAUCCCACACGCCAGAAUCUGGAAACCUGACAUCAUUCUUGUUAAUAAUGCGAUUCGCGAAUAUUAUGCGUCUCUUGUUUCAACGGAUGUGAUGGUGACAAGUGAUGGGAAUGUGACAUGGCUAUUUUCCGCAUUGUUCCGGAGUUCGUGUCCAAUACGAGUCAGAUAUUAUCCAUUUGAUGAUCAGCAAUGUGAUCUCAAAUUCGCAUCGUGGUCCCAUGACAUCACAGAGAUCAAUCUUGGGUUAAACACCGAUAAGGGGGAUCUGUCGAGUUACAUGAAUAACAGUGAAUUCGAUCUUGUCGAUAUGACAGCUGUACGGGAAGUUGUAAGAUUUCCAUCAGAUACCAAUAGUGAUUGGCCAACAAUUGUAAUUAGGAUUCAUAUGCAUAGAAGACCAUUAUUUUAUGUUUUUAAUCAUAUUGUUCCCUGCGUUCUCAUCUCCUCCAUGGCUGUUCUUGGAUUCUUGAUGCCUCCAGAAACCGGAGAAAAAAUCAAUAUGAUCAUCACCACAUUGCUCUCUAUGGGUGUUUAUCUCCAAUCAAUUACUGAGUCCAUUCCUCCGACAUCUGAAGGAGUCCCUCUAAUUGGAAUGUACUAUGUAUCUUCUUUACUCAUGGUGUGUCUCGCUACAUGUGUCAACGUAAUUACUCUAAACAUGCAUCGAAAUGGAGCAGCAAAUCAGGGAAGACAUGUUCCAGCGUGGAUGCAAAAGUGGAUAUUAGGAUAUCUGGCGACAUUUAUGAGGAUGUCGAUUAGAGAGCCAGAUAGUAUAGCCUUAUUGAAAGCAUCACAGAGUAAAAAGUCAACAAUUCGUCGAAGUUCAAUUCUUCGAGAUUUGAAAAGAGUGAAAAACAUGUCAAAUGUUAGAGCGAAAUCAAAAGAACAAAAUGCAAAUCGAGAGUGCGAGUGUAUGGAUCCACUUGUGCACAUUUACGCAGAAUCAAUAAUGAGCUCACUGGUUGCCGAUUCAAAGCCAAUGAAUGGGUCGACAAUAAGAGAAGAUUUCGCGAGUGAGAGUACUUUCUUAGGACGGGUUGUUAGUGAUGGCAUAAUGCCAAGAAUAUCUGCAUCAUCAAAUUCAGUGUUGACAGAAUUUGAAACAAGGUUUAGGAGGAUAUUGAAGAGGGUUUACAGAAGUCUUCAGCAACAUGAAAUCCGAGAAGAAAUUCUCGACGAAAGAUCCCGAAUCCAAUGGCAGUGGCAACAACUGGCUUCUGUGGUCGAUCGACUUCUGCUUUGUCUGUUUUGUACUGCAACAUUGUUCACUAUCAUCUGCCUCCUUAUUGUACCUGUAGCCUAUCGUGAUAAUGACUCAAUUAUGUCAAUUCUCAACUUUUUCUGA